AUGUGUAUCAAUCAUUCUUGUGCAAAUAACGCCACCUGUGUUAAUGGACCAAACAAAACCUACAAAUGUGAGUGCCAGAAGAACACAGUCGGCACCUACUGUCAAUUCGCUUGUGAACCCAAUCAAUGCUCGGGUAAUGGAACAUGUAUAAUGCGAAUUGAUGGUAGGGUCGGAUGCAAAUGCGAUCCAGGAAUUACAGGAUUACGGUGCGAAAGAGAAAUCGAUGAAUGCCGACGGAGUAUGUGCCAGAACUCGUUGAAAUGCAUCGAUAAAUUCAAUGAUUACGAAUGCGUAUGCAUGGACGGCUGGAUUGGGAAAAAUUGCGAUCGCCCUUGUCAAGACAUUUAUGGUUCGUGCAAAAUGUGGAAACGUGAAGGACAAUGUGAGAUACCCCCUGAAGAAACUGCAUUUUUCGUGCUAAACUGUCCGGAAUCGUGCGAGAAUUACGUCAUUUCAUCGGCUGCCACCAAUAUUAUUACCGUUGGCAUGGAUUUUGGGCGAAUGGCGCACAAAAGUGGAAGG